CUGUCAGAAGCAUGUUGGCCAUGAGAAAGUCCUGCGAGUUGAGACGCGCACAGGCAGCUCGUCCACACCCUCCGACGGCUCACUGACAGCGGAUUUGUGGUAAGAGAGCCGACUGCUGUUUCGAUAUACUCUUUAAAAUGGCAUGGCACCGUCAGAGGACAGUGUGAGUGCCUGGAGCUGUAAGCGGGUGGCCCAGUGGCUGCAGGAAGAAGGUUUCGGGGAGUAUGUGGAGUUAUUGUGCACCCAGCACCGGCUGGACGGCCUCAGCCUGUUGGCUCUCACUGAGGCCGACCUGCGCGGGCCUCCGCUGGGCCUCACCGUGCUUGGAGACAUCAAGAGGCUGACCAUAGCCCUCCGCCGGAUCCAGAGACAGAACCAGGCCCAGCUGGAGGUGCUGGGUCUCCGGCCUACAGACAGUCUCCCUGCUGGGCUCUCGUCUGGCACCGCAGGGGUCGAGUGGAGCUGCGAUGGAGCCGACAGGAGGUAUAACGGAGGUGAGCGCUCAUGUAACGGGACUGAACUGCGGCUGAGGAACGGUGAUAGAUCUGGCUACGGUUCAGGAGCGGUGCUGUGUCAUAUACACUCCAACGGGAGGUGUAGGCAGCAUCUGGCUGGUAGAUUGGACCCAGAGGUUUGGAAGACAGUCCUCAGUUCCUUGUAUGUCUUUUUUGUGUUUGGAUUUACAUCUUUUGUCAUGGUCAUCGUACACGAGCGUGUCCCAGACAUGAGGACAUACCCACCACUGCCUGACAUAUUUCUGGACAGUGUUCCUAGAAUCCCUUGGGCUUUUGCAAUGGCUGAAGCCUGUGGUGUCAUCCUGUGUUACAUGUUCCUGUUGAUCCUGCUCCUUCACAAACACAGGUCCAUUCUCUUCAGACGGCUGUGUUCUUUGAUGGGAACUGUGUUUUUGCUUCGUUGUUGCACCAUGUUUGUCACCUCGCUCUCUGUGCCUGGGCAGCACCUGAAAUGUGCCAGUAAGACAUAUGGUGAUACCUUGGGAAAGAUACAGAGGGCGCUAGCGAUCUGGAGUGGAUUUGGAAUGACUCUGACAGGCGUUCAAACGUGUGGAGACUACAUGUUCAGUGGACAUACUGUUGUCAUCACAAUGCUCAACUUUUUUGUGACUGAAUACACUCCACGAUCCUGGAAUCUGAUUCACACCAUCUCCUGGGUGUUGAACCUGUUUGGGAUUUUCUUCAUUCUGGCAGCUCACGAGCACUACUCCAUCGACGUGUUCAUCGCCUUCUACAUCACCACCCGCCUCUUCCUCUACUACCACACCUUGGCCAACACCCGGGCCUACCAGCACAGCCGAAGGGCCCGCAUUUGGUUCCCCAUGUUCUCCUUCUUUGAGUGCAAUGUAAAUGGUCCUGUCCCCAACCAGUAUCACUGGCCCUUCAACAAACCUGCCUUUAUGAAAACUCUGAUUGGCUAGAGUGUUCUUUCAAAGAUCAGCUGGUGCCUCGUAGGCUGUAAUAUUGUAGCCUGAAUGAAGAACUUCUUGCUUGAGAUGCUGCCUCUCAUCUUUGGAUGGUUUUAAGUUUAUUAAUUGAGAGUUUUUUUUCUCUCAUUUGUACUAAAUUUUUUUUGUCAACUGAUCUGAUGUUUAAAGAAACAGUUUGACAUUUAGGGAAGUAUUGGAAAGUAAGAUGAGAAGAUUAACACCGCCUGCAUGUCUGCCUGUUUAGCUGAAGCCAGCUACUGGCUAGCUUAGCUUGGCAUAAAGACUGGAUACAGGGGGAAACGGUCAUCCCGGUUCUGUUUGAAAGUUAGAAAAUAUUCCACCUACAGUACCAACACCUCUAAAGCUCAGUAACUAACAUUUGUUGAAUCAAAAAACUGAAAAAAGCUGGUGUGAAAAUGUUUUGUGAUGCUGACAGAAAGACUGCAGGUAGUCUGUCCCAGCCAAGAAAUCUCCAGUAACACGUUUUUGUACAAAUCAGUGCGGAUCCAGGCUAGCUGUUUAUCCAUUGUUUUCAGUCAUUAUGCUAAGCUAACCAGCUGCUGGCAGUCCUGCCAUAUUUAGCAUUCAAGUAUGAGAAAGGUACCAAUCAUCUCAUCUAACUAAACGAGAAAGGGAAGAAGUACAUUUUCCAAAAUGUUACUGCCAAGUCAAAGAAAUGUAUGUUAUUAUGGGGUCUAAAAGCUGCAGGUGCAGAUCAUUUAUUUGCCUGUCAUCACUUUCUGUAUUCAUGUUGUACUUUGGGGAUUUUUAAUGCUCACUAAUGGUUUGUUGUAGUGGUCUGUCGGUCGUUAGUCCCACUCAGUAUUUAAUGUAAUGGAUACUUGUCAGUUUUUGGGAGUCAUUCUGGUGACAGUUCACAUGUUGGUUUGCUGCAAACAGAUUUGACUCCUGUUUGAUAGCUGCUACCAAAGGAGCAAUUGUUUCUUUUGAUGUGCAAUGAGUAAAACACUUCCUGUUCUCCACUGAAAGAGCUCUCUUUCAGUCCGUUUUCUGUUUUGCUUUGUUUUUUCAGUUACACUUUAUAAAGUGAACCCUGCAGCUUUGUUGUAUUUGAUCAUGGCACCAUUGGGAUUAUGUAGCUUCCGACAUUGACAGUUAGACUCAACCAAAUGUCUGAACAUUUACUGUAAUGUUCACUUUUGCCAAUCAGCCCUUAGUAUGAUAAUUUUUUAAAUCUUAAUUUGAUACUGUGUUAUGGUUUUUUAUUUGUUACAGGUUGUUUAUUAUGUAAUGAGUAUAGAAAAGUACAGAGCUGGAUUUUGUUGAAGCUUUAUUUUCCAUAGUUUUUCCUGUCUUGCACAGUACAAAGACAGACUUAUUGUGAUUACAGCUGUUGAGAAACAGCUGGAUGACAGUUUCAAAGUACAUUGUUUACUAUGUCAUGGUUGAUCCACUCUAUAUCUUUUUAAUAAUUGUUUACAAUUUGUGGCUUUAUUUGCAAUGCAAUUAAUCUAUCUCAGCAAUAAAAGUUUA